UAUUCAAACGUAAGAGAGUGCGCACCAAUGAGAGGCUUUUACGCUCCACCCUACCUGCCUCCUCUCCGCCUCUCCCCCCUUUUCCAUCCACAUACUCACUACUGAACACGACCUGCCGCUUGCCACAUCUGGAGACGCUUCCCCAACACGAGAAACUUCACCUUUUUUCUUCUUCUUCUUCUUGGCGUCUUACUCAGCGCAGAAACACUUAGGCGUUUACGAACGAGCGAUCUGUCCGUCAGGGUGAAUUUGACUUUCUCUUGAUAGUAAGUAGAGAUUCUUGAAGCCAAGUUGGCGAUUCUCUCUCCUCUUUUUUUUUCUUUUAAACAUCACCAUUGGAAAACAGAACCCGUUUGGGAGUUUUCAUACAUUCAGUUGCUGUGAAGCUGCCACGCCAGAUUGCGUUAUAGUCCAACACGAUUUCAGGAAAUAACAUAAAUGACACAUGUUCUAUGUUAUGUUUUCAUUAAUGAAAGUAAGAAGGAGCAGGAGAGAAACGUAACCAGGGAAAGCGGAGUGCUGCAGCGCAUUGACUGACUCACGCAAAUCAAGAAGACAUAUCUAUGAAAAAAAAGUUUAUAAUUUUCUGCUCUGCUCUGCCACGAGAUUGUUAUUUACUGCUAAAUGCUGUAAAGUAAACCCUGUCUGAGAUCCUGCUGGUUCACUGUCGCGUGCACGAUAGUAGAUGACCGCGUGGAUGGUGGUGACAUGAGUCACAAAUUGUGAAAUUCAGCAGCGACUGGUGAUGGAGUGACACAUUUCGACUUCUUUUUUUUUCUUUUUCUUUUUUUUUUUUUUUUUAACUUUGUGCCCAACACUGAUCUAACGUUUUGGAAAAGAGGACUGGAAUAAGCCAUAAGGCGCACAGCUCCAUACUGAAGUGUUUAAGUUAGUCUGAGGGGAAAUUUAAAAGACCUAAAAAUACAGCGUUGGUUUCUUCCCUACAAAGAAUCAUUUGAACUUCCCACCGCAGAGCGAGAGCGACAUAAAUAGUUCUGACAUGUGGAUGUAAUUUCAGAAGAAGGGGGGAAAAAAGACAGAUGCGGAGCGGGCUGAGCCUGAGCGUUAUAGUAGUAGAUUAUAGGAAAUUAAAUCGAGGGCAGAGCGAGGCGAUUACAGAGUUAUGAUUUCACGAGCUGCCGUGAGCAUCGAGAGGCCAGAUGGAGUGAAAAAAAACGCGUCUCUCUCCACUUUGAAGGGAGCUAAGUAGAUUUAAUAAUUUCAUCUGAGCAUCAUCGGCGUCUGUUCGAGCCCUUGCAAGGACUCUUGGAGGUAGAGUUGCCUCAGGUCAGGGAUGGGAUCCGCUCUGCUGCUCCACAAUCUGGACUUUCUCCUCAUCUCACUACUCAGCAGUUUAUGUCUGGUUUACGCAGAUGAUGUGCUCACAAAAGAGGAACAGAUAGGCCUGUUGUUCAAAGCCAAACGGAAGUGCGAGGGUAACAUCAAGUCAAAGCACAAGAUUCCUGACGGUUUCUGCUCACCGGAAUGGGACGGCAUUGUUUGUUGGCCGGAAGGGCCCCCGGGAAAGCUUGUGUCCACUGCCUGUCCAGACUAUAUCCAUGACUUCAACCAUCAAGGACUAGCAUACCGCCGGUGUGACAACAAUGGAACAUGGGAGCUGGCUACGGUCAACAAGACAUGGGCCAAUUAUCACGAAUGUGCAAAAUUUCUCAACAAAAACCAAACCAAUGAAAAGGAGGUCUUUCACCGCCUCUAUCUCAUCUAUACGGUGGGGUACUCCAUUUCUCUGGGAUCACUCAUGGUGGCUGUCGUUAUCUUGGGAUAUUUCCGACGAUUACACUGCACCAGGAACUACAUCCACAUGCACCUAUUUGUGUCCUACAUGCUGAGAGCUAUAAGUAUUUUUGUGAAAGACAUUGUGCUCUACUCUGGAGCAUCCUUAGAGAGCAUGGAAAGAGUCACUGUGGAAGACCUCAAGUCCAUCACAGAGGCUCCACCAGCCAACAAAACACAGUUUAUUGGCUGCAAAGUGGUCGUGACCUUGUUCAUGUACUUUCUGGCAACCAAUUACUACUGGAUCCUUGUUGAGGGACUGUACCUUCAUAGCCUCAUCUUUAUGACCUUCUUCUCAGACAGAAAGUAUCUAUGGGGAUUUACUCUGAUCGGGUGGGGAGUUCCAGCUAUGUUUGUGACAGUUUGGGCAACUGUGAGAGCCACGUUUGCAGACACCGAGUGUUGGGAUUUAAGUGCAGGCAAUUUGAAAUGGAUAUAUCAAGUGCCUAUCCUGGCAGCUGUAGUGGUUAAUUUUAUGUUAUUUCUGAACAUCAUCAGAGUCUUGGCUACUAAACUACGAGAGACAAACGCUGGACGGUGUGACACAAGACAACAGUACAGAAAACUGUUGAAGUCCACUUUGGUGCUGAUGCCGCUGUUUGGUGUCCACUACAUCAUAUUCAAUGCCAUGCCAUACACAGAGGUGUCUGGAGUUCCCUGGCUGAUCCAGAUGCACUACGAGAUGCUGUUUAACUCCUUCCAGGGCUUCUUAGUUGCAAUUAUAUACUGCUUUUGCAACGGAGAGGUACAAGCUGAGAUCAAAAAGUCCUGGAGCAGGAGGACUCUGGCGCUGGAUUUCAAACGAAAAGCUCGGAGUGGCAGCAACACGUACAGCUAUGGACCUAUGGUGUCACACACCAGCGUCACCAACGUCACCGCCAGAGGACCGCUGGCGCUUCACCUCACCACAAGGCUGGGACCGGUGCCCGUGAACGGGCACAGGAACCUCCCCGGGUACGUAAAGAACGGCUCCGUGUCAGAGAACUCGAUACCCUCGUCAGGACAGGAGCUCCACAUUCCCGAAGAGGAGCAGUCGGCUCACACGCGGCCCUGCGAGGACGAGAAACCCUCACCUGUCGUUGAGGAGGAAAGGGAGACAGUCAUGUGACCUCCAGGCCACUGUGUAUUACUGAGGAUUGAAAACUGGAAAAAAAACAAAAAAACCUAAUCAUAACACAGUCUCAGGAUGGUCUGAAGGGGAUGGCUGCAUGCAUCAACACUGCCAGUUUUUUCUCCUGUGAAUCGAGCCGGAACAUUGCAGACUGAUGAGGCUCAAGGAAAAAAGGGUGUAUCACUUUGUGAGCUGGGCCGCUUUUAUUCGAGGGAUGAUGACCCUCAUUGUUGUGGCAAAUCCUCUCAACUCUUUCAGCAACCACCUGCCACAGUGAAUGUGUAAAAGGCUGAAAACAGACUGCCGUUUCUUAUUUCUUUUCCACUGCCGUGACUGUUGUUAUCUUGGUGUCUGUUUGCUUUUUUGGGCAAAAAUGUCUUGUGCUUGGCUUUUGUGCAUAAAUCAAAGUGAGAUUAGUUAGUUGCAGUAGUUGCCAGGAACAGCCUUAAUCACCUAUGUAAAGCCAGGUGGACUUUGAGUGCACUUAGUGGCACAUGCGUGGGUAAUUUCAUCAGCAAGUUCUCAGAUUAAGUCAGUGUGAGUAGAAUAAGUGUAUGCUCGGCUUUAAAAAAAAUAUAUAUAGUAAUGCUACUACUUUGUUUCCUGGCAUGGUAUCUCAUUUGUUCUGCAUUGACUUAAAUCCACUUCAGUGUAAAAGGGAAGGUACUCAGGUAAUUGAAGUCCUCUGUUGUUGCACACCUAUUUUUAUACUUUUAAAGUGGUGUUUUAGCAUGGUCAGCAUUUCUCUCCAGAGGAUGUUGGUGUGUUACGUAAGGCUGUGUUAAUUAUUAUAUAUUCAAAACGUUGUACAGUUUCUGCUGUUUAGAAAAACCCAGUAUUCAUCUCUCUAAUUACAACAGAUUUCGAAGAGUUCAAAUGAAUGUUUCAUAUUCAGAUUCACUGCAAAAACACUGCAACACACACACACACACACACACACACACACACACACAACACGAUGCCAAAGUUAAGAAUAUUCCUUUGAAGACUGUCUCCUUCUUUGGGGUUCAGUGUUAGCCGAGGUAAAGAAGAACUUUAUGGAAAUCUGACAGAAAUAGUAUCAUGUGUUCUCACAAAGUUUUCAAAGGAAGAGACCCCCAUCUAAAAACACAGGGCACAGGAAAUGGUCAUAUAUUCCAGUGGAAUGUUAAUCAAAUGAGGAAUCCAAGAAAAUCUCAGAUUCCCCUGGAAUUCCAAGAGUGACAUUUGUGGCGGAUAUGAAGGAAAACCCAGAAAUGAAUAACACACAGUAUUUUUUACAGAUGGUCCAGUGUUAUGCUGCUUUUUGAUGUACGUAUACAAGUCACAAUGUUUACAAAGAUCAGAAAUACAUUCUAAUUGUGAGCUAAUAGUGUUCAUGUGUAUGGUUAUAAAGCUAUGUUUCAUUGUAUAUAAUUAUUUUCAUGUGUUUGUUUACGGAAUGUUUGCAAUAUUUGAUUAUGUACAUAGUCCAAAACAAAAGUGGUGAAUAUAUUUACAGGUGACAGGGGGCAUUCAGACUAGCAUUUAAUGAAGCAUUCCAUAAAGAUAUUUUAAACUUGUAACUUAACUACACUUAACUGCACGGUUUGCAGGUUAGGUCACAUAGUCUGUUAUACCAAAGAGAAAAGGCAUGAUAUGCUGCAAGAGAAAAGGUUAUUUUGCAGCAUUUUCUUUGUAUUUUCAUCCACCAUCUUGUUUACAGUGACCAAAAAGUCUUAAAGUCAAAAAAAAAGAAGAAAAAAGUAUUUGCUACUGGUAGUUAAUGUAGGAAAAUGUCAAGAUAAAGGCGUUGAAAUACAGCCCCCAUGAGGACUGAAGUUUUUUUCCCCUCAUAAAUACUCAGUUUCAUGUAAACAGCAGUGAGGCAAAUGAGAAAACCAUUCAAAACAUUCAGUAGCUUAGUAACAAUGAACUGAGACCAUUAAUAUUACAGGCAGUUUUCUUUCUCUUAAAUCCUCCACGUGGAUUUUUGACUUAACUUGGUCUCAGGAGCUGAAUUAGUUGCUAUUUGGUUUGGACUAAUGUGUCUAAUGGAUUUGUGAUUUACAUCAGAUUCAGCUAAAUGGAGUUUUACCUCACAGAGGUUUCAACUCUCUUGUGCACAGUCUUACAUCCCACAUUGUUUUACACCAGGUGACAGCCGCUUGAAUCACCCCUGAUUGCCAGAUUUGCUCCACCUGUUGAGAGGGCCAUUAAGGUGUGUGUGCGCUGACUCAGUUUUGGAAGGUUAAAGCCUUGUCUGCUCAGUUUGUACUACAAAUCCGUCCAGCAGAUUUAUACUGCAUCUAAAAGAGCAGAGAAUGUUACAUAUUGUUAACUUUUUUUUUUUUUUUUUUUUUUUUUGCCAUUAAGCAGAUGUUUAAAGAAUAAGUCUGGUGAUAUUCUAUGUUUUUCUUACUGUCAGCAAAUCCCAUGAAAAGACCAAAUCAACAUUUAACUGACUUAUAAGUAUUGUCUGACAUAGAGUUCCUUUAUGAUUUUUUAAUGUUUAAAAAACAUUAAUAAGCCACAUCUUUUCAGUAGGUGACAUGUUCAUUACAGUGUGCGUGGGCACUGUUGUUUAUUUUGAGUCAGUUCCACAAACACUGUCCACAGGGCGUCAAUAUUUACUGGCUAACUAAAUGUGUACUAAUCCGCUGCUCAAAAUAGUCCCCAACCAAUGCACUGUUUACUCCUGUCUGAGUAACGUUCACUAAAAGCUGUUUUGGGGAGUUACACAGUCUUUCUUUUUAAAGUGCAACAAAAUAUACGUAAUUCUUUUUUUUUUAAAGAUUUAUAUCUUCAGUGAAAAGAGAUUAGUUUUUGGAUGAGAGACAAAGACAUGGUGGGAAAGUACUGAGACACGGACUAACGCAUUGAUGGCUUUGGUCUUUUCGUGGAGUUUUUUUGGCAAUGGGGAGAAUAUAAAACAACCUAAACCUUGAAAUCAUUUUCGAAAAAUAUCCACAACAUUCAUUUAGGCCAGACAACUUCCUGUUUUUGACAGCUGGUCAGACGCCUGCGAUUUUGAAUAAUUAGCUGUGGAAUUCUGAGAAGUGCAUUUUGGCCCCUAAGGGACUCAAAUUGGACCCAACUUGGACAUUUCCAUGUAGAUCGGUCAUGAUUGCGACUGGAGGUUGAGUGGAUUGACUACAACAGUAAUUAGAGGUGGCUGCCGGCCACAGUGAUGGAAAAAGGAAAAGACUAAGGUUGAGGGAAACCUCUGUCCCUUGAUGAUACAGUAUCACACUGUCAGUGUGGUUAUAGUAUGAACAACAUUUAAGACUGCAGCUGACUGAUGUGGUUGUUCUUCAUAUCCAAUCUGACUUUUCCACUAAUUGCCUCUGGUCAAAUAAACAUGUUGCAGUUGCAUAAUCCAGACAGUUUUUCAUUAAAAGGCCAGGCGGUAUCACAGCAUGAAAAUCUUUUAUUUAAAAAAAAAAAAAAAAAAAAAAAAACUUGGAAAAUUAUAUUUGAGCACUUUAAUACCCUAUAAUACAGUAUUUUGUUCUGAUUGUAUCAUGUAAAAUGAUUGUGUUUUGGAAUCAAGUGUACAAUAAUAAGGCCAAUAACCAUAGAGCUAAUGUUGUAUUUCAUUGUUUUCAAAUACCUCUCAUGGAAGUAUAAAAUGUGUUUCAUUGUCGUUUAUUUAUCUCGUGCUGAAAUGUACUCAGUGGAGUUGACAUUUGUCUUCAUGCUUUUAGAUACAGUGUGUGGGCAGUGUUUUUCUAGGACGCAUCUCACCUUCCCAUCACUCCAUAGUGAUGUGGGCACGUUGUAGAAAUCAAUGUAAACUUGGAAUAAAAUAGGAAGAUGUUUUCUGGUUACUAAUGUUCAUCAGUGAAUUGUGAAUAAGUCAAUAAAUCUAUAAUUUUACUGUA